AUGAAUGUCGAAAAUAGUGCGAGAGAAUUGCCAAGAGUCGUAAGUUGGUUCUGCUUCCGCAAGCUGGCAGUAGCUCAAACUGCCACCAGCGGCAUUGCUCCCAGCAUGACGAUGCAUGGGAAGGUGGAGUGUCGGCCGGCUGGCCGUGCGAGGACGUUAGCGGCAGGACAUGUGCUGUUGGCAGCGGCGGGCUUGCUUUUGUGGAAGCUAAGCGCAGGAGGUUCUGAUUCCACCUUCGUGGAGGGCAUCUCCAACGUAGUCAGUGGUGAAACAAGACAAGUACAGGUGCAUAUGCAGUCGCUGAAGAUUCCCGUCGAGAAAAAGUACAGGUUUGAAGGUACAACUAGGGCGAAGUACCUCAAGCGCUUAAGACACCGCCGGUGGUGUGCGCAGUUUACGUAUCCUCGAACAUUCGGGUAUGUUCUGAAAUGGAACGACACUGCCGGGGAGGGUGUCGUCAUAGACCAAGAGCAGACUCAGAAGUAUUUGGUCAUUCGCGAUGAGAUCGGAUCCUCGUACCAUGCCCACAAGACGCUGCAACCGGCAGAGUUCGUUGAGUUUUUUGCGACCGAUGAGAUGGACGAGGUGACGCCGAAGGAGUUGGCCUUUUGCUGGGCAUUCCGAGAAGUAACCGUGCACAGGAUCUACAAAGAUUGGCAAGAGCCCCAGGAAAAGCAAGAUCUGCAAUAUGCGAGUGCGAGGAGUAGCCGUCCAACAUUCGCCGCGAAGGAUGGCGACGUAGUGCAGUUCCUCUCCAAGACUUUCUAUGUCAAAGAGACAGAGGAGUUUGCAAUCAUACGGGUGAUCCGAAUAGGCGACUUGCGCUGCUCCUGCUCAGUCACGUGGCAAACCCAGGACGGUUCGGCAGUCGCAGGGCACAAGUACGUGGAAGGGGGCGGAACAAUCACGUUCGGCCCGGGGGAAAGCAUUCGGACUUUUCAGGUAGAAAUCCUCAAUGAUGAUGCCUUUGACACGACGUUGGAGUUUGACAUUGAGCUUGACGAGCCUGAAAACUGCCUCAUCGAUCCGCGAUGUGCCAAAUGCGUAGUAAUGAUCUUGGACGACGACGUGUUUCCGUCAAACGACCACAAAGAGGUCAUCGAAGAUCAUGACGAAGAGGCGCUCUACGAGGUCGGCUUUAGCUUGCUCAAGUCCUUCAUGGGCUUCUGUUUUCACCACGUCCCGGAGAUUUGGUGGAAGACGAUCUUGGUGCUGCUUCUCGCCAACCUUGGAAACCUCUAUUACCUUGCGACCAUCUUCCUCAGGGUUUACCUCGUUGACACCGUGUUGAAUACCGAGGACCCAAGCACAUCGGAGCGCCUGUGGGUCCCCGGGGAUCGGGAUGCCACGGCCGUCGCCCUGGGCUUGGCCUGGAUCCUACCCAACGGUUCAAGUUCUGGACAGCCGGUUUCUGCGCAAAGAGACAUUGAAGCUUCCGAGUUUCUUCUGCUGGGAACGGACUACUUUGAGAUGGCCGUGUUGGAGAUGGGCUGCUUGGCUUUAGGACCUCAGCUGGCUUUAGUCUUUAGUGCUUUCUGGGGACUUGAGACUGACGAAGCCUGCGUCUUAGGCUUCAACAUCCGCUACCACCUCCGCGUGAAUCUCUUCCGGAAGUAUCUGCGCUACACGCCCGAGUCUCGGGCGAAGGUUCCGAUCCAGGAGCCCGGGGCAAACGCACCGAAGCGAGUUGGCCUUCAGGGGCGGUUGGCAGAGACCGCACAUCCGGUUCCAGGAUCUGGGCUUUUGCCGCUCCGUGCUAGUGCAUUUGCAGAGGACCUGAAGAUUAGCAUCAUGGAAGACAUUCCCGAUCUAGUCUCGGAUGGUUACCUAAUCAUUUUUGAGCUUUGGGCAAUGUUCGGAAAGAUUGUGAUGGUGGGCAUCUUCAUGUUGCGGAAGCACCCGCGGAGUGCCUUCCCACUUUUCGUGUACCCAAUUCUCAUCUCCAUCUACCUGGGCGUGACGUAUCGGAGAAGGCUCGCCCUCAUGGCGAAGGAAGGCGAGGGACAGAGUGCCACGAUCGGGACUCUGAUGCACGUGAACAAUGCACAGAAGCUCAUAGGCUGCUACAACAAGCGCAGCUACGUGGUGAGGCGCUUCGAAGAAUCGCUGCGAAACCAGAGAAAAUGGGUCAUGGAUUUGAAAUUCUUUGAGUUCUGGAAUGCGCAGCUGAUUCCCUGGAUCACGCUUCUCGCGAUCGGCACAUACAUAGGACUCUCAUCCCGGCUCGUUCUGGGCGGAACGACUUCGCUGGGUUCCUUCCUCGCCACCAUCAAUGUCUACAAGGAUCUUGGAGACAGGUUUUCGACGAUUCUGGAAGGCCUGGAAUGCCUGAGCAAGGCCAUCAGUCCUCUGGCUGGGCUCACCACGCAGUUCAACUUGCCCAUCGACAUACCAGAACGCAGUGAAGCCCACAAAAUGCGAGAGGAGUUCGUGUUGGGCCUCUCAACGGCACCGAUGUUUGACUCGAUUCCGAUAGUCUUCAAAGACAUCAGCAUCGAGCAUUCCAAUCUGCCGAAUUUGUCAACACAGGCUCCGCAAGGAUCGAUCAUCCAGAUUUUGGGUCCGCAUGACUCAGGGAAGGGGUCCAUCCUGAAGAAGGUCGGAGAUCUUGUGACGACAUCCGGGGGCCGCGUUUUGAUUUCGCCGCACCUUAUGGUCCUGCAAGUGCCCCAUGAGCCACUAUUUAUAGAGAAUGGUGGCCUCUUAGGAAACCUGAGUCUCGCAAAGCACCUGGAGUCUUCGGAUAUCGGAGACCCUGCACGCGGACGCAGAAUCCUGCGGAGACUUGCCCUGGACAAGGAAUGGAUCAUGGAGCUCUACGACAAAGAGGAGCGGUCCUUCAUCAGGAAGAAGACCGUAGUGCAGGAUCAGCCGGACAGCCCCUUCAGCGCAUGCUUCGGGGGGGAUGAGCCAGAGGACGACGAGGAAGAAGAGGAGUCGCUGCCUCCCUGGGCGCAACAGCUCAGCAGCAGCGAGAAGUGGCGGUUCCAGCUUGCACGAGCGUUUGUGCAUGAUCCUCACGUCCUGUUGGUUCAUCGUCCUGCGGAUGAGCUGGAUCCACAAAUGCAGGAGAAAGUUCUGAGCUGCUUCCGUGACUUCGUUGACCGCAGGCGCCUGAACAGCAUUCAGAAGGGUCACAAAACGGCAGGAGGAGUCAGUCCACCGGUGUUAUUUGCCGAGCUAACCUUCUGA